AUGCAGAGAGAGAGAUAUACAAAACACAAUAUAUUGUUAUAAUAAUAUAUUAUAAUUAUAAAUGCUAAUACUACUUACAUCACUAAUUUCAUUCAUCAAGUGUGGGUCCAUCCUGAGACCAACAGGAGUGACACCAAUUUGGAAUUCGGUAGCAAAUGCCAAUGUUCAGGCCUAAUACAUUUUUAGUUAUGUUUUGGAAACAUACUUGGCAUCCAAUUCCCAAAUAGAAGUUUAGUUUCCUCUGCAAUAUUUAUCUGGGCUGGGAACCACGGCAACAGAACUUGUGUGCAUACCGACUUGCGUAGUUUCUGGGAGAUCAGUUAUCUUCACCUACUCAGAGGAGAUGAAGAAUGGGACUAGUAAGAAAGUGGCAUGCUAAUAGUCUACACGGCAUCGGUGUAACCAAUAAGGAAUCCAGCCACAUAAGGUGGGACAGCUAAUUUCAUUUUGCGCAGUAAGAGAGGAGAUAAUGUGAUUGAUGAGAAUUUGAUUUUUGGUAUCAUUGGAAUUGCAGAUGCCAUUAAUACAAUGGUCUUUGGAGAAGUCGUCGUCAAUCCAACUGGUUCCUCUUAUGCAGGAGAUUACACUCAAUACAUACUGAAAUUCAAGACAACCACCACUAUCAUCUAUAAUUCCUACAUGUUAUUCACAGUUCCGACUGAUUUCGAAUUGGAACCAUUUCCAGUCUGUAGUGCUUAUCCAAUCAAUGGAAUUCAAUUGGAUGGCACCUUGUUUUGUUCCCAAGUGAACCAAACCAAUGUAGUGAAGAUUGAAGGAAUCACUGGACAUGUGAUUGGAUUAUAAGAUUAUGCACUCAAAAUAUCAAUGAGAAAUCCUAAAUAUGCUGGAACAACAAAAACAUUCAAUUUGGGAAUCUAUAAAGCCAACACCCAGAUGAUGUUUGAGGAAGUCAAGGGAAUCAGUGGAGUCACAAUCUAGGCUGCUUAAUUAUAGAAUGUCUCAAUGACUUAAGUCUAGAGUUUUAUCAAUUCCAGAUCUAGAAUUAUGGAUUACGCAGUCAAAUUUACUCCAACCUUUCCUAUUCCUGCAGGGUGCAAUAUCAAAUUGAUUUUCCCUGUCUAUAUGUAAAUAGUGUAACCUGCAGAUUACAAUUAAGCAGGAUAAUUUUAGAUGAACUAUGUAAAAUAUGGACUGGAAGAUAUCAGUGAAGAUAGUCCCAUUGGAUUCUAUUAUCAGGAUUCAAUUUAAAAUUAUCUCAGGAUAACCAAUUUCCAGGAAAUGACUAUGAAUAAUGAAAUUUGUGUUAUUGUCAGAGUUAUCAACCCAAGUGUGGAGGGAUACACUACUCCACUCAAACUGUAUGUAUUCCAGGAUAUUACUGAGUAUCAAUUAUUAUAAUCUGAUGUUUUGUAUGCAAUAGCAGAUGUGGCAUCAGUAAAUGCAGGUAAUUAGAAUGUUCCUACAACCAAUGUAAAUACUUGGUUCCAAAAACCUAGAACUGGAUUCUUUCCAAAUUAUGGCGAUUAUUCCAUAUCAAAUAUUUAUGCUAAUGGAGCACUAGCAACCUUGACAUUGAACAUUGAUCCAUCUGCUACUGUUCCCAAAUUUGCAUUCAUUUAUGUUACUGUUCCUGUUGAAUUUAAAGUUAACAAUGACACCACUACUGGAGUUAAUGCUGCCAAUUGCAAAUUCUACUUGUAAUAAAACUCCCCAACAUUAAAUGGUUUUGUUUCACCUACCAAUUCCUUGACGUGUACAGCAACUGAUUAAGUUAUUAAGGCUAAGUUACCCUUUGCAUUUGAUAUCAUUCAAUAUCCUUCUCAAGCAUUACCAGCUACACCCUUAAGAAACUAAUGGUAAAUUCAGUUAACCAAUGCAUUAUUCACCCCUUCAUUGAAUGGAACAUACUUUUUUGAUGUUACUAUUAAAGAUACUGAUGAUCUGACUGUGUUAGAUUCCUUUUCAUAUCCAAUCUAAAUAAAUGCAAACUUAUUAACUGGCAGUAUUGUGAAUUCAAUUCCAAAAAACUCGAAAGAGAAAGCAAUUGUUGACAUAUAAUUUAUAACUGUGUUGCAAAUACCCUCAGGAUAGAAAUAAUUUAGAGCAUCAGAUACCAGAGGGUUCCUUGAAUUUCACUUUAGCAGCGCUUGGGCUUAAGAUUUAGGUUCAGGAGUGAAAAAUGGUGGAUCAAUUCCUUGUUAUGGUGUUAAUGCAUUAAUACCUUAUGAGGGCAGUUAAUUAAAAUGCAUUCUGUUUUACUCAACUGCUACAUCAAAAACAAUAGUUAGAGUGUCCAAUUUUAGAGAAAUUGCUACAAAUACUAAUGUUAGAAUAAUGAUUUCAGGUGUAACUAAUCCAACUGCAGGCACCUAUGAUGUAGAUAUCAAAGUGUUCUAGAAAAAGAAUAGAAUAUUUACCUUAUUGAAUCAGCAAUUAACUGUGACCAGCACUUUAAACCCAGCACCUGUAACAACCACUUGCACAACUGCUCCUUCAUACUCAGAAAACAGAGUCGGGUAUUUAUUUGAUAUAAGCAUAUCGCCUUGUUUGACUACUGCCAUUACUGCCAACUAUUACAUUCUGAUCUAAUUGCCCAAAUUUGAUAUUGGGUUCAUCAGAGACGAAAACACUAUAACUUGUUCACUCACUUCCCAGUUAUAUUGCAUUCCUCUACUCGGAUCUGAUUUUAUUUUGAUUGUUACUUCAGCUACUGUUCCUCUCUCUCCAACUCCAAUAUUCAAAAUAAGCAAUUUGCAAUGGCCAAGAUAUGUGGAGGACUUUUCAACUUAUACAUUGAAUUUCCUGAUAAUCAAUAACGUUGGCUUGGGGAUAGUCUAAAAAUAUCAAUUCAGCACUCUCACGAAUUGUGUCCCUUCACAAUUCUCUUCAAUUCAAUCUCUGGUGUCAAACAAAGGAAAAGGGUUUGUGGAUGCAACCUAUUCCUUUACUUUUACCCCUCAAGCUGACAUUCCUCAGGGAUCAACAAUCAUAGUCGAAUUUCCUCCUUUCUAUGAUUUUCUUAAUGGCAUUCAUUUACCCACCUUUUCAUAGAGUGGCCUUCUAGACUUAAGUGAUACGAAUCAAGUAUCAAUUUAAGUGAAUCUGAAAUUGAUAAAAAUCACUGGGUUUCAACAAUUCAACAAAUCGAAUUCAUUUCAAGUUGUGGCUGUGUCUGUGAAGAAUUCUCAAUCGUAUAAUACUGCAUCAGGAUUUCAUGUCUAUGUCUUAUAUAAUGGGAAAUACGUUCUAUAAUAAUUGAACUUUUAUAGUUUUGAUUUCACAACCCCAUUCAAGGCAGGCAAAAUUGUUAUCAAUCAAAUUACCGCUUCAAUCCUUAAUGCAGACGAAGAAGUCGAUUACCUAAUCGAAUUUACUCCUUAAAAUGAUAUUCCCAUAGGUGGGCAGAUCAAAGUAAUGUUCCCAGAUGACAAUUACAAGAAAUUGCCUUCCACUCCAGAUUGUCGUGUUAGUGGGGGUAUCAAUACAUUUCAGUCUUGUAUUCUAAACGGUAAGACUUUCAUCAUUGAAACAAACAGCAGAUACAAGGCAGGUAAUGGAGUCAUUGAUCUCGUUAUCAAAGGAGUUUAAAAUCCAGAUUAGGGAACAACCUAAGGGUUUGUGAUCUCAACAGAAUAUGAUGGAGUUAAAUUGGAUGGCACUGAUGAGUCAAAUCUAAAUGGAAGAACAUUCACAUCAGCUCCAAAAACCAACCCAAUCACUCUCAAUUCCCUAGUAUUUGAUCCCAAAAAUGAAGGAGAAGAAGCUUCUUAUCGUUUCAUAUUUCUACCGUAUUCAUCGUUAUCUGUGAGUUCCCAAAUAGAAUUCAAAUUCCCAAAACAAUUCGACCCCUUACUCGGUAGAGAUAUCUAAUGCAUUGUGAAUUCUGGUUUAUCUGGAGGUGGUUAUACUUGCAGUGUGGAUUCAAGAAUUGUUACCCUCAAAGGUUAUGAUGCAUACACCCCAGAAAUUUCAAAUCCAAUUGACAUCACCAUCUUUGGUAUUGUGAAUCCCAAUUCUAAUGGGGGAUCAACUACUGACUUCCUUAAACUCUACAUCAGAUAAUAAGGCAGCAACAUCUAUGAUCAAUCUAAUUAAGAAAUAGCUUAAUUGUCAUUUCUAGCUGCACCAGGUUGGUCUCCUUUAAUUUCGAUAGAUGUUUCAACUUAUAAUGUGAGAUGGAAUUCAACCUAUAAUUUUACAUUUUAAACGUAUAAAAACAUUCCGAAAGUAUCAGCAAAAGGAUCAGUUUUGAUUGAUUACCCAUCUUAAUUUGAAAUUGUGGAUGGCUCUAUCACAUGUUCAAGUACAACGCUAUUUGCUGCAACAUUGAAGUGUUCUUCCUAUCGUAAUAGAGUUACUUCAUCUGGUAAUUACGACGAUUACGUUGGUCAAAUGUAUAUUCAAUUGAAGAAAGUCCUAAAUCCUAUUGAGAAAGGAGAGAGUGAUUUCUUCUAUAUCAGAACUUAUGAUGGGCUGAAUUUAAGAAUAAUUGAGAGAAACUUUGCAAAUUUGGAUCCAUUUAAGUUUUCUUAUUAGUUUCCUGGUCCCCUCAUUAAAGUCAACAAUGAAAAAACAGUCACGAUUGAAAGAGGAACCCAAGCCAUUAAUAUUCCUGUAACUAUUGAAUUCCCGUGUUUGCUCAAUCUUAAAUUGCUUCCAUCAGAAAAUGAGUUCAUUAUUAACCCUUCAUCCAUCCCAUUAACUCUUGGAAUGACAAUACAAUACUUUAACAUUUCUGUUCCCUAGUCAAUGUAUGAUGGAACUUAUACGAUCUAUUGGACUUUAGAUAACGAAUUAGACCCACCUAUCUACACUCCAGUGAAAAGAACAUUAAUCACAAUAACCAAGAAACAAGGAGUUACAAUUACUCAAACACCAAUUCUCUCUAUUCCAAUUCAAGGAUAGUCACUCCUAACUGAAUAUAUCUUAGCAGCUCCUCCAGAUACAGCAUUAGCAUUCCGCUUAUAUUUGCAAAGAACCUAUUAUGCCAUACAAUUGUCGACUUAAGCAAUCACAGUAGCAGCUGGGCAGUAGAAAUUUGGAUUUGCUGUUGAGUACAAUAAAUCUGUGAAUGCUGAUGGACCUUAGGUAGAGAGAGGAUACAUUACAAUAUAGACUGAAGGAGUGAACAAAAAUAUUUAUAAGUUAUCAUCAACAAGUGUUGAAUUCUUCAUUAUAUCCCAAGACACCAAACCUCCUGGGUGGGUGACAUGCAAAAUAGAUAAUAUCAAAAAAACAUCAGUAAAUCUACUAGUAGCUUUAAAUGAGCCUUGCAUUGUUUACUAUUUGAUCGCAUUAAAAGGAACAGUGUUUCCAAGUUUGGGGGACUUUCAAAGCAAGGUUAUUCGUUACUCAAGCACUCAAAGUUAGAUGGGAUAUUUGAUUGCUUACACUGCAAAUCUACAAUACCAAAUUCCGUUAUCCAAGUUGAUUGCUGAGACUGAAUAUGUGAUACACAUAUUGGCUUUGGAUAGAGGUAACAAUUAGGCUGAACUCAAAACUAUCGAAUUCAAGACUCUCGACAGGCCAGUGAGUUGUUACUUCACUUUAAUAUUUAAUUAAAGAUCAGUUAGUGAUGAUUUUGUUAGAAACGUUACCGAUUCCGUGGCCAAAGUACUGGGAAUAGACGACUACUACAUUCAGCAGCAGAAAUACUAUUUCAAUAGAUUGCUAUAGAACUCUUUUGGUAUCACGGUAGAUGAGAUAAAGUCCUACAUCGAUUUAGAACUAGCUGCUAUUCCCAAUAGUGACAGUUUUCCUGACCCCUAUGAUGUUGUGGCAGGGUUGCAGAACAAAACUCAACUGCUUACUUCCAGAAUUGAAACUCUUAAUUUGAGCAAGGAAGUGACUGCUUAAAAGUUUACUCGUUAUGUUCCGAGAUUCAUCAAACAGCCAAAAUUAGUGUAUAUUGAUUAUUAGCAAUGUGCCAUUUAAUUAGCCAUAAGCAAUUAUGGAUGGGGUUUUGCUGUGGCUGUGGUUUUUGAGUCGUAAGAUCAGACCUGGCCAUCGCCCUAUCAGAUAAUGAAAGGACUUGAUUAUUAGAAUAGGCCAACACCUAAUGGGUAGAUAGAGAUUUCAGAUCCUUAUUAGGAUUUUAUUUUGAGAAUACAUGGGUUGGAGAGUGAGACAGACUAUUACAUAUAUGUGAUAGGGGGAUCAGUUCGUAAAUCAUUUUUAUUUAUAUAAUUAGAUUUCCGAGCACCAGAUUUGAUGGAUAAAUCCGAGAUAUAUUAGGACAGGAUAAUCUCGUUCAGAUCUCCUUAGAAGCCUAAGUUAAACAUCAACUUUGGAGAAUUGAUUAUGUUGAGCAUAUUGAUUUUUUGCUUAUGA